CUUUGCCGGCACAUUGCAGUGAAUCUGUUUUAUUUUCCCUUCCCUCUAUUCCCAGGGAGCAAAAACAUGGAGUCUAAGGUCUUCAUGGUCAAACUGCCGGUCACACCAGGCUACAGUGGUUUCGUGCCCUACCUUAGCUGCGAGGGCAUCACCGAUGAGGACAACAUGUCCCACUGUCUGCAGACCUUCCGGGAGAUCACGCGGGAGAAAAAGGAGCGGCAGAGGGAACUGCACGCCGAAGUGGCCGCGGUCCCGCCGCUGAAGCCCAUCUGCUCAGAGAAGACGCUCCUGGGAGUGCUGUAUCAGUACUACCAGAAGUACCACCCGCUGAGCCUGGAGAUCAAACACAUAAAGAAACCCCUGUGCGAGCCCCCCAUCCCAGGCUGGGCUGGCUACCUGCCGAGGGCCAAGGUCACGGAGCUGGGAUGCUCCGUGCGCUACACAGUUAUGGCGAGGAACUGCUACCGGGACUUCAUGGACGUAUUAGAGCGAGCCAAGCGUGGGCACCAGAAACCCUACGAGGAGAUCUACGGAGUUAAGUCAAAACAGGAGCCUCCUGGUCCUGUCCGCAAGGUCUUGCCACAUGAUGACAUGUUGCCAGAUGAUCCGAAUUUCUCUGUCCCAAGUAGCAGCGUUUACCCCCUGGGAAGGGCUCCCCGGGAGGGCUGCAGUCUGGGGAUGGAUGGCUUUUCUCUGAGGCCCAGCAUUUCCUGCAGUCGGAGGAUCCACCUCAAGCCUUUGCCUUCGCCCAAGCCCUCUGAGGGCUGGGAGCAUGCACUGCCUCCCGCAGAGGCGGCCUUAAGGGGCGCCCAAAUCUGAGCCCCAGCAGCACCCAGCACUCCGACAAGGCCUUCGGGAGGUUUCAGCGUCUGCCUGCCAUGACGGG